UUAUAUUUACAGUCUAUAUGAUCCAGAGCUGCAGGCUGCAGGAGGGUGGUUCCAGGACUUUGGUGCUUUCCUUCCACGCAGCGUGCCCAUUGCUGUGAAAACCUCUCACACACUCGGCCCACUGACCCCUCUGUCGGAAAAGCCAUGUACCUGUACCUUCUGGGCCUGGUGGUGCUCUACUACCUGUACCGCUGGGUCAAAGAGCUGCCCAGGGUCUCCGACAAGGGCAGCAAGUACGUGUACGUCACGGGCUGCGACUCCGGCUUCGGCAACCUCUUGGCCCGGCACCUGGACAAGCAGGGGUUCAGGGUGAUCGCGUCCUGCUACACGGAGAAGGGCGAGGAGGACCUGAGGAAGGCCUGCUCCGGCAACCUGAUCACCACGCACCUGGAUGUGAGGUCCCAGGAGAGCAUCAGCAAGGUGGCGGCGAUGAUCAAGGAGAAAGUCGGGGGGUGUGGUUUGUGGGCUGUGGUGAACAACGCGGGCGUGGCCGUGCCCUCCGCCCCGUGUGAUUGGCUCACCCUAGACGACUACAAAUCCAUGCUGGACGUGAACCUGAACGGGGUGAUCGGCGUGACCCUGAGCGUCCUGCCCCUGAUCAAGAAGGCCAGGGGCCGGGUGGUGAACGUGGCCAGCGUGUUCGGGAGGGUCAGCCCCGUCGGGGGCCCGUACACCGUCUCCAAGUACGGCGUGGAGGCGUUCAACGACAGCCUCAGGCUGAACAUGAUCCCUUUCGGCGUGAAGGUGCUGUGCAUCGAGCCGGGCUUCUUCAAAACCAACGUGACUGACAGCAAAAUCCUGGGGAGAUCCGUUCAAGCGCUGUGGGACAAGCUGCCCCAGGAGACGAGGGACGACUAUGGAAGUGAUUAUGUACAAAGAGCUAUGACAACAGCGUCAGAAAAACUGGGCCAACUCAGCGACGGGGAUCUGAUGAAGGUGGUCCACUGCAUGGAGCACGCAGUGUCUGCGGUCCACCCUCGCACCCGCUACUCCCCGGGAUGGGACGCCAAGCUUUUCUGGCUGCCUCUGUCGUACAUGCCGACCCGCGUUUUCGACUACCUGAUGCUGAAAGAGAGCAUUCCCAUCGCAAAGCAGCAGCAGCAGUAACUCAUCCUCACAGAACAUCAGGAGACAAUUUGACUUUGUCGUGCGACUUGAUAUUAGCAACGCUACACCAGCGCCUUAUCUACAAUUUACGAUUCUGUGUCAACAUGCGUCCUUGGAGAUAGGUAUCUGUGAAGGUUAACACGGAGCAAUAAAAGACUGGGUUGCAAAGUU